AUUUUAUAAAAAAAAAAUUGCUCCACAAGAAAAUAAAAAAAAGGCUUGUUAACCAUCUCACUCAUUUAAAGCAUGGCCAGAAGUUUACGAUCGCAGACCAAGAAACGCUACCGAUCUAUUAAGCGAGAACAAGUGUUCAAGCCUGUGGAGGACGCACGUUUGAAGCGAUUGGCGAAAGCACAAGCUGAAGCGGCCAACAAACCCAAAGUAGGCGAUCAUAUGGAGGAGGACAAGCCUGUGACCGAGGAAAAGAAUGCGGAUGCCAUGGUGGACGAUGAACAGCCCAAAAAGAUCUCUACGGGUGGUGCUCGCAGUCAAAAACAGGCACGUAAACUCAAAGCAAGAAAAGGAAAGAGCAAAGGCUUCACCAAGUGGAGAAAAUAAUUGCAGCGUACCUUUAAUCUGUCUCUCUCUCUCUCACUGUCUUUCUCGUAUUUUUGCACUUUUCAACCCACAUAUUAUCCCACCCGAUAUCGAUCUAUCUUUCUCUCGUUUCAUUUAUCAACAUUAACAGUUCAUACAAUGUAUUUUUCUUUUGUUCAUCUUGCCAAAUCAAAGAGUCUUUCUUUUUUAUUUUGGUGUAUUUCAAAUGGGUAUGAUACUGUCAUUCCAAUGCCUUGAUUUUUAUGCAACUGUAAAAUGAUCCAUUUGAGAAGAAAAUAGACAUCGCCGAGUGCCAGUGUUUCUGAAAUAUUGCAUGGCAGUCACGUGGGCGUGGAGAAGGUUAAAAUGUCAAAAGAAUUGCGCUUUUUUCUUG